CCACCCGGACUGUCCCGGUCUAUCCUCCUCAUCCUCACUCUAGAAGAGUCCAGUUCCUGAUGAGCAGCAUGACGGGCCGGGAAGAACUCUGCGAAGAGAAGCCCAAAGUCAAGAUGUUAUCUCCGGGCUUUGGGAUCGACAAGUCCCGGCUGCACGGCUCCGGGUUCCGGUCCAAAGGCUUUGCCAUCACCGACCUGCUGGGCCUGGAGUCGGACCUGCAGGUGCGGCAGCAGCCCGGCGGCCCCGCGGGGUCGGGACUGUCGGCGGCGGGAUCCGGGCCCGGGUCGGAGCCGCAGGGGGUCGGAGGCGGUCUCGGCGGGUUCUCCUUCCCGGGCGGGUCUCUGCCGCUGGGCCUCGGGUUCCUGUGCAGCCUGGCGGCCCAGCAGCCCGCCGGGGCGCCCUGCUUCCUGCCGGGACACCUGCCGCUGCUGCAGGCCCGGGCCGACAGCCACUACAUGCAGAACCUGGAGGCCCAGAGGGACGCUUAUUCCGAUGAAGAAUGUCUCUCCGACCGCAACGACUCCAAAAGCUCCGCGAGCUCUCAGAAGAGGAAGAAGAGGCGGCACAGGACGGUGUUCACGUCCCACCAGCUGGAGGAGCUGGAGAAAGCUUUCCACGAAGCUCAUUACCCCGACGUCUACGCCCGAGAGAUGCUGGCCAUGAAGACGGAGCUGCCCGAGGACAGAAUACAGGUGUGGUUCCAGAACCGGCGUGCGAAGUGGCGAAAGCGUGAGAAGUGUUGGGGUCGCAGCAGCGUCAUGGCGGAGUACGGCUUGUACGGCGCGAUGGUGCGUCACUCCAUCCCGCUGCCGGAGUCCAUCCUCAACUCCGCCAAGAACGGCAUGAUGGGAUCCUGCGCGCCCUGGCUGCUCGGAAUGCACAAGAAGUCCAUAGAGAUGUCCAAAAAGUGUUCAAGCCCUCCACAGUCAGACUCAACCCGCGGCGACUCGUUCUGCGACGCCCCCCGAGGCUCGCCACUGCCGCCCCGUCGCUCUGAGCCAGCACAUGAGGUUGGGGAGGAAGAGGAAGAGCUGCUGGAGAUGGAGGAUGAGGAGGUGGAGGAGGAGGUGGCCAUCGACCUCUCCAGCUCCUCCAAACAGCAGCAACAGGAGGCCGGAGGCUCGAUAAGGUCCGCCUCCUCGCCCCGGCGGCAGAGCGGCUGUGAGUCGGACGAACACAGCUGAAGGUUGGAGGAGUCAAACACGGUGGCAACUGUUCAGUGAUGGCAGUAGGAGCGCAGGGACGUGAUUGGCUCUUCUUUCAGGGAUCACAAGAACAGCCAAUGAGCAAACAGCCGUGACGUCAAUUGUUACUAUGCAAAUUACCACAUAAAGCUUUAAGGAUGAAUAGCUUAAUGCUAGCUAGCCUUUGGCUAAUGUUUUAAUAUGCUUACAAAGUUUGCAGUUAAUUUAAAAUGUAACAUUAGAGAACUAAUAUUUUAGCAUGCUAAUAAAUGUUAGCAUCAAUAAUUCAUUAACUAAUGUGCUGAUAAAUAUAAACUGUGUUAGCAAUGUUGUUGCAACAUGAGGAUGUGAAAUCACUUACUACAAUAUUCUAUGAUGCUAACAAAACAUACUAAUAAUUUACAGUCAAUUCAAUUAAUCGUUUAAUUUAAGUAGUAUUACACUAAAAAUCUCUAUUUUGGACUACCAUUUUAUUUUUAAUAUAAUAAGAUAUGUUAGCAUGCUAAAAUAUUAGCUCACGGUUAUCAUUUUACAAUGUAACAAACUUUUACAGGUAUAAUAUUAUUGUUAAUAAUAUAAUACUGUUCCUAACAUGCUAGUAAAUGCUAGUAUGCUAAGCUAGUAGCCUGUGGGUAAUAUUUUUAUCACGCUAACAAACAUUAAUAAUGUAAAAUGUAAUAUGUGUGCUGGGAUAUCUGUGGGCAAUAUGAUAACAAGUAUUAACUGGUAGUUGUCAAAGAUUGAUUAGCGUGUUAGCAAGCUAACGACCAUCAGGACGUUUCAGGCUGAUGGUAGUUUUGGGAAAAAAGUACUUUUAUGAUUUUUUUAUCCAGGGAUUUUUAAACAAUGAUGCACAAUCUAUUUAUAAAUUUACGUCUGCUAGAAAACGCUCUGUGCUCCCAGGAUGCAAACAAGCUAUCGUGACGUGGAAACGCCGCCACAAUCAGAUCGACCUUGAGGAAUCGGACUGAGUCUUUUCUAAAAGACGUGUGAACUGUUUGAGGAGGAUGUAAAUGUCUCUGUCUGUGUG